UCUGCACGAACUCCUCACUUUCUCUCUCUGAAGGAAUCAAAUUGUUAGCUGAGACAGUUGAGUUCAGGUGAUUCGGAGAUAGCAAUCAUGUUUUUUGAUGGAUAUGGAUAUCAUGGAAGAUCAUUUGAACAGACGUACAGGUGUUAUCCUGCAUCAUUCAUUGAUAAGCCACAGUUAGAAAAUGGAGACAAAAUUAUAAUGCCUCCCUCUGCUCUUGAUCGUCUAGCAUCACUUCACAUUGAUUACCCAAUGUUGUUUGAGCUUCAAAACGCUGCCGCAGAGCGGGUUUCUCACUGUGGAGUUUUGGAGUUCAUUGCAGAAGAGGGCAUGAUAUAUAUGCCAUACUGGAUGAUGCAAAAUUUAUUCCUACAAGAAGGAGAUAUUGUUACAGUGAAAAAUGUAACACUUCCUAAGGGGAAAUAUGUCAAGUUGCAACCGCACACAAAGGAUUUUUUGGAUAUUUCGAACCCAAAGGCCAUCUUGGAGAUGACACUCAGAAACUUUUCCUGCUUAACGACAGGAGAUAGUAUUAUGGUGGCUUACAACAAUAAAAAGUAUUACAUAGACAUUGUGGAGACAAAACCUUCUAAUGGAAUAAGUAUCAUUGAGACAGACUGCGAAGUAGACUUUGCUCCCCCUCUUGAUUAUAAAGAACCUGAAAGAGUGGUUCCUUCUCAUCCAAGCAAGGCUCCAGCAGAAGGUCAAGAGGCUGCAGCUGAACCAGAAGAGCCAAAAUUCAACCCUUUUACUGGUGAAGCGAGACGUUUAGAUGGAAAACCAUUAAAACAGCAACCUCCACCUUUGUCCGCUUCUGGAUCCUCAAACAAGCGAACCAAUGUUACUAAUGGUAGUGGGAAGUCUGCUUCUGCUGGUGCUGCUGCAAGCUCUCAAACUUCUAGUCGUCAGUCACAGGGGAAGCUUGUAUUUGGCUCAAAUGUAAAUCGCGCUCCUGAAAAACAAAAGGAACCCGUGAAAGAGGAACCUGAAAAGAAAGAAGAACCCAAGUUUCAGGCUUUCUCUGGGAAAAAGUAUUCUUUGAGGGGUUAAUUGUGAUAUAAUUUCGUUCUGUCUAUUUACCUUUUUUGUAUUAAUCAUUUCUCUUUUCAGUCAAAUAUCUGAAUUAUGUUUAACUUAUUAUAUAAUCUAUAAAAAAAUUAGGAGUAAUCUUAGAAACUGUUGGCUGACGUAGACUCUCUUAUAAAGCAUGGAGUAAUUUGUUCUCUCA